AUGGCUAACCUCUUAGCUUUUCUUCUUCCUCUAGUUCUCUUCUUCAGCUCUCAGUUAGUUCAGUCUCAUCCUUCUCUUAAUCACAACAAUAACAAUUUCAAUGUUCUUGAUUAUGGAGCAAUAGGAGAUGGAUAUUAUGACGAUACAAAGAUCAGUGGAAGCUUAACUGCUCCUGAAGAUCCAAAUCAAUGGAAAUGCAAGGAAGAUCACUGUCAUCAGUGGAUUGAAUUUGCACAUAUAAAUGGACUUUAUAUCGAUGGGCAAGGUAUUGUUGAUGGUCAAGGACCAAAAUGGUGGUCGAUAGAUUGCAAAAAGUACAAACAAGGUGUGGUUAUAUCACAUUCUACUAAUGUGCAUAUAAGCAACAUUAUGGUUAAAGACAGUCCAAAUUUUCAAAUGUCGUUGGAAGAUUCGAAAUGGAUUGUUGUUAAGCAAAUCACCAUAACCGCCGACGGUGAUAGCCCUAACACUGAUGGGAUUCACAUUCAACGUUCUCAGCAUGUUUUGGUAUACAAUAGUAAUAUCCGCACAGGUGAUGACUGUAUAUCUAUUGGUGAUGGUUCAAAGUACAUUAAUAUAUCACGAAUUUCAUGUGGUCCGGGUCAUGGAAUAAGUAUCGGAAGCUUAGGCCGAUAUGGGACUAAAGAGACAGUGGAAAAUGUCGUCGUUCAGGAUUGUACAUUUAGAGAUACAGAUAAUGGGCCAACAGCUGUGGAGAUCAAGAAUGUAAGGUAUAAUCACAUACAUGGAACAUCGAUCAAGAAACCGUAUGUACAACUUUUGUGUAGCGAAUCAGUUCCAUGCAGAGAUAUUUUCAUGAACGAUAUAAACAUUCACAACGAAGACAAAGAUGAAUAUGAGAAAAAAGGUCGUAAAUCACGUCAUGAUCAUCCUCUUGCUGAAUGCAUCAAUGUUAGAGGACAAGCUAAUGGUGUGGUGAAGCCUAAACUGUCUUGUUUGAUUUCGAAAAGACAUUGA